AUGACCACCACAGCGACGACGCCGGCGACUAUCACAUACGCCCCCGUCACUACGACCACUCCACAGGACGAAGGACUCCGUUCCCUUUUUUUUAGUCCGUGGAGACGGAAUUCGCACGGACGCUCGGCGGAGUCGGCCGAUCGAUUUCGUUCGGUGUGCAACAGGGCAGCGAUCCACGCUCGAUUCCAGUUUUCGGGUCAACUGGUGACGGAUAGCUGCACGCACACGCAAUUUGACCAGGUUUAUUUCCGUGCGCUGGAGUCCGUCUCUGACGAAAACACGCGUUAUGCGAUUAUCGCCGCCGCUUCCAACAUUCCAGCAGGGUUUCAGCGUUUGGCUGAGAACUACGUGUACGCUGAUAAAGCACUGCAAGCAUUUGUAGAUGAUUGUGCAGCAGUUUUUCCUACCAUCCGCGAAGAAGCACGUAAUCUCCGCCCGCAAGAGCGCUUCGAAUCGCUGUUUCUGCGCGAGGAGCACGGCACAACGCGCUCGGGGUUGCUUCCCCUGCCGCAAGUGGACGCGUUGAUGGAGGUGGGACUCGGCAGCAUGCCCAACAUAUACAUGCGCGGACUGGCAAUCAUGAUGCAGAAGCAGCGUGAGAAGCAAAACCCUCCGCCGCCGCCGCCGGUCUACAUGCCUCCGCCAUUUGUAGUGCCGUCCCUGACUGUAACUCCAGCCUGGAAAGGAGGCUUACUUCCGCGGCCGGUAGCAAUGAGUCUUCUGCCUACCCCGUCUCAGCAGUUGGCAGCAGUGUACAACGCGGCCAAUGUCGUACCGGCGCAACAGCCUGAGCCCGGGAGUGCGGUGUUGUCGGCCGUCACCACAGUGUCAUCUAAGUCCGGAAGCGCAAAUACAACGGCCGCCGCCAACUCGUCAGCACAGCCACCAGAUGGACGCGGUCCACCCAUGCCGUGGCUUCUGCGCGACAUGCGAAUGGAUGAUUACUGGGAUUUUCUUAAUGAUUUGUCGCUCACCGAUGAAGAAUACGAGGACAUGUACCGAUUUCCCGUCGUACCCGGAGAUCCACGCGUGGUGCGGUGGUACAUUGGCCCACCUACCCUGUUGGAACAUCAGUACAACGGGUAUCCAUUUCACUACAGUGGCAGCCGCUCGCUUCCGGCCGACUCCACCCUCCGCGAGUGGGUUCGCAUUCAUCAUGCGUUUGUCUCCGGCAAUGCCGAGAAGUAUCUCGCCCUGGCCCGCCGUAUCAAGAUCGUCGCACGGUUUGCACCGCUAUUGGCACGCAUGAUCUUGCAACUGCCAGUCCCUGCCGGCAGCCACACCGCACUGGAGAUUGCCGCACAACAACACUUCCCCAUUCCAAGUAACAUCGGGGUGAAGCCGGCACCUGUUUAUUAUGAGCCUUGGGACGGAUUCGGAUUCUUCUACGCUGUCCCCAAUCCGACUACAUCGGAAGAAAGUGGCCCCGUGUAUGUGAAUGUUGACUACGAGAAUUACAUUCCGUUAGUCUUGCGUAACCUUCCGCUGAGCGACAUCCGGCUUCAAGCCGCGGAGCACCGACGAAAAACCGAAGAGCAGCGAGGCGAUUCUGUGUCAGAAGAAAUGUUGGUCGACGCGCAGGAUGAACAAGCUCAUAACAGUGGCGACGCGGAGAUGUCGGGAACACCGGAAGAUGCAGAGAAAGAGGACCUUGGCGCGGAGGAUCCGAAAUAGGUGUCAUUGUCUCUCACUGACGAUUGUAUUUUAAGGGCGCGAUGUCUAGUUAUUUUUCGAAAUUUUCGCAACAUGAAUACGUAUCAUUAUA